AUGAGCAGUCCACGAAAACGAGUCAAGGAAGAGCCGAGUUCCGACAAGGAUGGCACCCAGGCACCGUCGACUCCGUCCAAGGUGGCAAAGGCUCCUUCCAGAUCAGGAGGCACCUCAGCUCCCGGCACGCCCAGCAGGUCCAAAAUCGACGCAGGGCUAUCAGCGGUUUGGUCCGUUGAGGAGCGUGAGUAGCACGAGCAGCGUGCCUAUCUGACAAACACGUGCUGACCGCGCUCCACUGUGCUGCUUCACGCGCGAAUCACAAUGGCAGAAAGACGAGCGUUGCUGGCGUACAUUGCGCUCCAAGGCAGUUCGGGCAUGUCGCGCGCCAACGAGGAAGCGAUUGGCAGACUGCUUGGCCGCAGUGAUCGCUCUAUCCAUGUAGGUAAUCGGGAUGGCCUCAAGGGGAAUGCUUGAUUGCAUUCACACCUGGAGCGCUCGGAGUAUUUGCAGCGAAGAGACAUCCGGCAUGCAGGAUUCUCGCUUACUCAAAGUUCCCCGCGCUGCCUCCAUCUCUUCUAGAAUUGGUGGCGUGAGUAGCUCAGCAGGAGUGGAUCGGGGCCAUUCUUUUGCUGACUUUCUGAUGCUAAUUGUACGCCAGUCAAGAUCCGCAAAGAACUGUCGCAGGUGGAAGAUGAAAUGAAGGCGGACGCAUCCAGUAGCUCGAAGAAAUGA